AUGACAAUACGAGUCGCGAUCAUCGGCGCAGGCCCCGGUGGCCUAGUGACCCUCAAGACCUUGCUGGAGGCGUCCAGACCCGAUCAGCAGAUCGAGGCGUGUCUCUUCGAAGCGGAGUCCGAUGUUGGCGGUACAUUCAACUAUCGCUCGUACGAGAACGCCGAACUGGUGAGCAGCAAGCAAUUAACCACGUUCUCCGAUCACCGCUUGCCCUUGAAGACGCCCGAUCACGUGUCACUACCGGACUACGUCGACUAUCUCCGGUCUUAUGUCGAACGAUUUCAGCUGGGUCCGUCCAUCAAGUUUAACUCGCCCGUCAUUCGCGUGUCUCCGCUCCCAAAUGGUUCAGAAUGGGCUCAUCGGGUGAGCUAUGUGGACGGGACGAGUGUGGACAAGAAGGAGAGAACAUUUGACUGUUCUCAUAUUGCGGUUUGCACGGGUCUUCAUGUUGAACCUAACAUUCCGGAUAUUCCGGGAAUUGAGCAUGUCCAGGGGGAUGUAUUCCACUCGUCACGCUACAAGGGCCGUGGCCAGGUCGCUGGUAAGAAGGUUCUCAUCUUGGGAUGCGGUGAGACAGCAAUGGAUAUUGCCUAUGAGUCCAUCAAAGCGGACGCAGAAUCGGUCACCAUGUGUUUCCGCACCGGGUUCCUCUCUUUCCCCAAGCAACUCAGCCGGUUCCAGGUAUUUGGCAAGACCUUUAGCGGAGGCCUUCCAAUCGACGGUCUCAUCACCAACCUAUUUGAAACCGCAUAUGUUCACAGAGCAAUAGCUCAGAGCAGAUUACGCUGGUUCAUUUCGGACUUUGUGAUCAAGCGAGUCCUUUGGUUCCUGACCGGAACCCAAGCUGGCAUGAACCAGCAUGUUGGCGCUCUUCCCGAAGAGAGAUUGGGUAGAGCCUUUGUCUUUCUCAACAAGAGUAAUAAGGCGAUGCCAUAUCUCAACCGGCCUUAUAAGACGCAUAAUCCCUUUUUGGCCUUCAUUGGCAAUCGCUACAUUGAUCCUCCUGAAGAUGCCGCAUCUGACCGAGCAGUCGACACGUGCACGUGGCCGAAGUACAUCGACGAUCACGGAGUUGUGCACUUCCAGCCCAAUCACGAUAGGAAGGAUUGGCAGCGGUUGAAAAACAGAAAGAUCACGCCGAACUGUGUAGUGUAUUGCUCCGGCUACAAACAAACCUUCCCUUACCUCGACCCGUCAUAUCCGACUGCAUCGGAUGCCCAAAUUCGAAACAUCGUUAACCCGUCUCACCCAGACAUUGCCUUUAUUGGCUUUGUGCGACCCGGCGUUGGCGCAAUCCCACCCAUCGCCGAGCAACAAGCCAUGUGGUGGACAGCCCUCAUCACCGGCCGUAUGGAGAUGCCCAUGGACCCUCCCCACUAUCAUCUUCUUGCCCCCAAAUCGGCUCGGAUUCACUACGGUGUCGAUCACAGCGCAUACAUGAGCACCUUGGCCAAGGAUUUUGGUGGUGCACCCGGCUUACUUGAAUUGUAUCGUCGGCAUGGGCUGCAAAUCCUGCUUAUAUACUGCUUUGGUGCAUCCUUUGUUACGUUCUACCGGUUAGUGGGGCCAUUUGAGUCGUCUGUGGCACCUGAGAUUGCUCGGACGGAGCUGGCCGAGACUAUUCUCCGACGAGGCUAUAUCGGAAACCUUUUCUUUGGACUGAUCCCGAUGUUAUUCUAUGGUUUCGUCAAUUCGAUAGCCUUGCUGCUUGAUCUCGUUGGGCUGCUUCCUCGUGAACAGGAGAUUGAGCCUAGUGCAGGAACGAAGGGCAAAGCUUGA